AUGUAUUCUCUGAGUUUAGGCUACAAUUACGCCUGGGCUGAGAUCAAACGCAAGCUGACGACAUGGUUAUGCGCAAACCACGCACCAGGCUCUGAUCCCGCCGAACACAUUCACCGCGCCUACAAGGCAGCAAGAGAAUCAGGUCGGACCAUCAUCAUGGCAAGAUCCGGGGAGAUAGAAGAGUUCAAGGAGGUCGUUGAGAAGGCACCAAUGGGCUAUGCGACAGUAGGCACAAGAAGAGUAGGAGAACUGGGAAUGCGCAAGGACGACGAAGGGUGGGCUAAGCGACAAAUAAUUAGGAACAAGAUGUUGAAGACCUGGUUCAACGAGCAGGCAGAAUAG